AUGGUCAGCGACUCCUCUCCACCGCCACGACGAACUGCACACUCUCCAUCCGAGCUAGAGACUGCACUGGCAAACACACUAACUGCCUCUGAGCGACAUGGACCUAACGUGCUUUUCCCGGAAGUGGAUGGUCAAGCAUUUGCGCUCUUCGAGAAAACACUCUCGGUGGACAGAGAAUUUUUGCACAUCUCUCAGGACAUGUAUGAUCUUGAGAACUCUUUCUUCCUUGAUCUAGCGAGAAGCCAGGAAUGGAUGUCCACAAAGCAUAUGGAGGUCCUGAUGACGUAUCUAGGAGCGAAACACGCUCACGUUUUGGCUCAAGAAAACUCCUCUUUUGUAUCUCCAUGCUACGUGAUGUUGCCAGGGAGGACGUGGCUGAAAGAGGUACACACCGUAUACGCGCCCAUGAUUUGGAACGACGUCCAUUGGGUUGGUUUGGCGAUACAUCUAGGGUCGCGGUAUGUGGAGGUGCUGGAUCCUUUCCUAUCUCUCUACGCCGAUCGAAGGCUGGACACAUUCAUGGCGCCUGUUGUGGAAAUGCUUCCUCGCCUAAUAAGUAAGUUUUGUCCUGCGGCUACACAAAUCAACACCCCUUUCAGUUAUGCUCGGAUGUCGAAAAUUUAUGAGAACAAGCGUGUUGGCGACUGUGGACCGGUGGCGGUGAAAUUCAUGGAGAUGCAUGCGUACGUUGACCCCCCACCUCAUCUCGUGGGAGUUACAGAUGCUAUAAUGGAUGAUUUCGGCAAGACGUAUGCCAUGGAGUUAUACCGGGAUUUGGUUGUCCCAAUCUACUUCCCGCCAGCGUCGCCCUAG